AUAGAUAGACUUUACUCCAUGCUUCUCCGCAUCGCAUCAUCCUGAUUUCAUGAUGGGAAUUCAGUCUCCUUUUCUGGGAUCUCGAUCAGUUUGCUCAUUCGAAAGGAAAUACAUAAACAUCAGGGGAAUAGUUUUCGAUAGAGUAAGACUGGGUGGAAUAAAGAGGUUUUGAGGCCGACGAUUCGAGAAGAAACCGUUGCCAAGCGUUUCUUAACGUUACAGAGUUAGCCAAUCAAGCUUGCUCGGUCACAACCAACGAUGUGCAGCCCGCGGGUAUUUCACUUUCAGUCAUUGCCGUUCUAAUAUACUUUCUUAGGACGUUGUAGAAAUGGAGGCGGUGCACACUCAAGGCAUUUGGAUCGCUGAGUAUCUUCAGCAGCGGACACAGGACCUGGAGCACUUUUGGCUCACCAUCACUCACAUCGGGGAUCCUAAAGCAGCAUUUCUGCUCGUAUUCCCGCUCACCUAUUUUGUCUGUAAACGAGCGGGAGUUGCGGUGCUGUGGGUCGCGGCUCUGUCGGAGUGGUUAAACCUGGUGUUUAAAUGGAUGCUGUUUGGAGAAAGGCCAUUCUGGUGGGUCGGUGAAUCUCAACUAUUUGUCAUCAAACAACCCAAAAUUUCCCAGUUUCCAUCCACUUGUGAAACUGGUCCAGGGAGUCCAUCAGGACACGCAAUGAUUACUGCAGCAGUCUGGUGGGUCGUAGUGUCCUCCCUCAGCUCGUUCCUGUACUCCCGCACUCACAGCUUGCUGAUAUCAGCUGCUCCCUAUCUGCUUUAUGUGCUGCUGCUGGUUGCAAUUGGACUAUCCAGAAUCUUUAUCCUCGCCCAUUUUCCUCACCAGGUUGUUGCUGGUUGCAUUACAGGGUUCAUUCUGGGGAUUUUUCUUAGCCCUAGAGUGCCAGAAGGGCGCCCCCUGCUGUUCUUCUUCAGCUGUAGUGCUGGCCUGCUGCUCAGUGCUCUGAUGCUGAAUGUUGGCCUGCAGCAGCUUGGCGUUGACCUCUCUUGGUCUAUAACUUUGGCUAAGAAGUGGUGCAGCCAUGCUGAGUGGAUCCAUUUGGACACAACCCCAUUCUCCUCUUUGACCCGGGACUGCGGGGCCCUUCUUGGUUUGGGACUGUCCCAGUACUGGAAGCCGGGCGGAUGGCCCCUGCCAUGGGCUCCUAGAGCUUUGUCCCUUGUUGUUUCAUCCAUAGGGCUUUACCAUGUGAGCCGCCUGCCACUCCCUGUCAAACCACAGGGCCUCUUCUACAGCUUGGUUUUCGUCAAGUUUGCCCUGGUACCUCAGAUUGUCAUGGUGCUGGUUCCUGGUCUGGUUUACCUUUUCACACGCACAAAGAAAAAGGACUAGAGGUGAACUUCUUCACAGGAGUUAAAGUUGUUUUUUACACUCCCAAAAAACAGCACAAAAUGUUGUAUUUUUUUUUAUAAGUAACGUGAUUAUAGGUUUUUAUUUUGAGUCUGUGUCUUAAUAUUUUCUUCUUUUACGACGAUUGCACUUCUGCCGUAUUCGUAGUGAUUUUGAGGGAACUUUCAUGCUUUGCAAAUUUGCAGUCAACGUACUGUUGGCGUUAUAAUUGUUAGAAGUUCUGCUAUGUUUUUUCUAUAGCAAUUGUAUUAGGCAUGUGCCGGCAUCAGGUUUCCAACAAUCCACAGCUUUUAAACAAAAAUGUAAGUAAAAAAGUAUAAAAUGAUCUGGUUCUUUUUGUUCUUUUGGGGGGGGCUUUCUCUGGCAUUUCAUUGAAAGGAUUUUAAACUAUAGGAAAUGUUUAAUGGGCAGUUUUAGAGGUUUAAAAUCUGUAACUUUUGAAAACCUUAGUACACCUUAAAUUGAGGUAACCGGCCCAUGUCUAUAUGACUACUAAAGACUGUCAAAUUGCUUAAAGUUAGAAGCACCUUUAUACGCAUCAUACAUGUGUGAAAGAUUUCAAUCAGUUCUUUUUAUACAGGCCCUGGCAAGAAUAUGGAAUUAAUACUAUUUGUGGAUGUUCAGUCAGUUGUUUUGCUUUGCAGCAAAAAGAAACAGCAGAAAACCAUUUUAUUUUCCAGCUGAACAUCCUGGUUGUGUAAAACUAUACUUUAAGGAAAUAACUUGAAUCCUUUGAGGACCUUAUUAAUAAAAACAUAAUAUUCAAUAAAAGUCAAGUUCCUUCAUUUUUAUAUAAUAGUUGAUUAAUCUAGAUCCUCUUCUUGAUGGGAAGAUGCAUUGUCAUCCUUCAUCAGACGUACUUUGAAUUAAUGGAUUGACAAAAGCCUCUAAAAUGUUACUGUCCACCUGUAUGUUUACUGUAGAGGUAAUAACUAGCUUCUGCCCUUCUUUUCCUAAUGUAGCCCCAUAUCAGCGUUGCUGUGGACAUUGGGCUUGGUCAUUUGUAUCUAGUGCAGAUUCAGGAUUCAACCCUGAAUCAUCCAUUGGUUCACAUCUGCUUCUCUUUAGGUGCAACUUUUUCUUCAGUUUAGGCGUUCAUAAUGGCUUUAGUUUUGACUGUUUUUCUUCAACAGUUGUCUCACCAACUUAUUUGUGCGUCUGCCCAUUUGUCUCUAAUUUUCUAUUUUCAAGUCAUGUUGCUUAUAGUUUUUUGUCCUGACAUUAAUGUCCUUUCUGAUCUACUUGGAUGUUUCCGUUUUUUUCCAGCCUACCCAUUUUGCUAAUUCCAACUUUUAUACCCAGAUGGCUGAAAACAGCAACACUCUGUGAGGAUUUCCUUUCUUGGUGGAGUUUUAUAAUUUUUCCCAUUGGCUUACCUCACUGCACUUUUGUAUGGGACACAUUACCAGUUAGAACAUUUAGGUCUGAAUCUGGAAACUCUUUUGGAUGAUUAGACCUGAGGGUAUUUCUUUUUAAAAAUGAAAAUAAAGGGCAGAUUCUAUUAUAUUUUCCUCUACCUGAUCUGAAGAAAAAGGAGUUGGGCUAUUAACACGAAUGGUUUUCCAAAGACUGAAAAAUGUGCAGCAGUUAAAUAAAAUUAUUUUGUGUCGUAUCUGUACAUCUCAAUGAAUUGCAAUAUCACCAAAUAGAUUAUUUCAGUAAUUCAAUUCAAAAAGUGAAACUCCAUGUGAAAAUUAAUUCCACACAGUGGGAUUUAUUUUAGGCAUUUAUUUGUUAAUUUUGAUUAUUUUGGAUUACAGCUGAUGAAAAUACAAAUUCAGUUUCCUAAAAAAAUUGAAUAUUAAGACCACUAAGAAUGUUUUUUUAUUUAGAAAUAUUAUGGCCUAUACAGUACAAUACAGUAGAAAGUUACAAACACAAAAGGUUAUUGCUAAAGGAUCUGGUUGUUCAGAGUACUGUAUCCAAGAGUCCUAAUGGAAAGUUGAGUGGAAGGACAAGCACAACCGAAGCCUUUAGAGGAUUGUGAAGCAAAGUCCAUUCAAGAGUUUGGAGAAGAUUCAAUACCACCACAAACAGGACAGAACAUGGGCUACAACUGACAGAUUUUUGGUGUUAAACCUCUCCAGAACCAGAGGUGACAUCAGAAGUGUCUUACCUAGGCUCAGAAGAAAAUAUACUGUAUUGUGGCUAGAAGUCCAAAGUCUUUUCCAUGACUGAGUGCUUUAACAUGGCAACUAAAGUAAAAUAUUUGUAUAAUAUUUAAAUUUUUGGGAAAAGACAAAUUUUCUGUGAAACUGAAUUUUGGGUUUUCAUUAGCUGUAAGCCAGAAUCAUUAGAAUGAACAGAAAUUGAAUUUGAAUUAUAUUACUCUAUGGAAUCUAUAUAGUAUGAGUUUCAUUUUUUGAUCUGAGAAAUGAACUUGUCAACACUAUCCUUAGUUAUUGAGAUAUACCAGUAUUUGUGAAUGUUUAUUUCUAUAAAUUAAAACAACUAUCUACACAUUCCCCAAGACGAUUGAUUUCAUAUUUUAUUGCCAGGGGAUAGAAAGUAAGAAUUGUUGUCAACAUUGUGCAAAAUGUUUGGCUUCAUGUUGUGCAGGAAUUUGAUACUCUAUCACACGCAUGUCUUUAUGAACCAAAAAUGAUUAUCAUGACUAUGCAGUGCACAAAUCCAAAAAAAUAAAUAAAUCAUUGACAUGCA